CCCAUCUAUAAACCAAUCCAUCUCCAAUAACAUCCGCUCUCUAUCCUUUCCCGCCGCCACCCUCUCCAGCGCCAUCGCCAUCGCCACCACCUACGAGCCCUAAUACUUCUAGCUACAGAUCAUUCAUGGCGGAGAGAGGCGGAGAGAGGGGCGGGUUCGGCCGCGGCUUCGGCCGGGGCCGGGGCGACCGCGGCCGCGGCCGCGGCGAUCGCCGCGGUGGCCGCCGAGGUGGGCGGCGCGAUGAGGAGGAGAAGUGGGUCCCCGUGACGAAGCUCGGGCGGUUGGUGAAGGAGGGCCGGAUCCAGAGCCUGGAGCAGAUCUAUCUCCACUCUCUCCCCGUGAAGGAGCACCAGAUUGUGGACACCCUCCUCGGCCCCCAGCUCAAGGAUGAAGUGAUGAAGAUCAUGCCCGUCCAGAAGCAGACCCGCGCCGGGCAGCGCACCCGCUUUAAGGCCUUCGUCGUCGUCGGCGACGGCAAUGGCCACGUCGGCCUCGGCGUCAAGUGCUCCAAGGAGGUUGCCACCGCCAUCCGGGGCUCCAUCAUCCUCGCCAAGCUCUCCGUCAUCCCCGUCAGGCGGGGAUACUGGGGGAACAAGAUCGGCAAGCCCCACACCGUGCCGUGCAAGGUCACCGGCAAGUGUGGCUCCGUCACCGUCCGCAUGGUGCCCGCGCCCCGUGGUGCAGGGAUCGUCGCUGCUCGUGUGCCCAAGAAGGUGCUGCAGUUCGCUGGGAUCGAGGAUGUCUUCACCUCCACCCGCGGAUCCACCAAGACACUCGGCAACUUCGUCAAGGCUACAUUUGACUGUCUGAUGAAGACGUAUGGGUUCCUGACUCCUGACUUCUGGAGGGAGACUCGCUUCACCAAGUCUCCAUUCCAGGAGUACACCGACCUUCUCGCCAAGCCAAAUAAGGCAAUUGUUCUUGAAGACAACACUGAGAGAGUGGAAGCUUAGGUUUCUGGAGAUGUUUCCUUCUAUCUUGUGCUUAAAUUUUGAGACUAGUUCAUAGGACUCAUUUACUAGGCGGAAUGGACUCUUGAUGUGUGCUUUUCUUUCGCUUUUUUUUUUGUUAUUUAUGACAGGUUAAUGCUAUUUUAAGGUUCUCUACCUAUGUGCAUGUUAUCUUCAAGUUGUGAUGGUAUUUGAGGCGUUUAAAUAAAAAUAGAUUUU